UCAUUUGCAUGCGCUACAAGUGCAUACAUUUAGAGGCAGUAGGUGGCCUAUCCAAGGAUGACUUUUUAAUGACCUUAAAACGAUUUAUCGCACGACGAGGCAAGCCAGCGGAAAUAUUCUCCGAUAACGGUCGUAAUUUUGUCGCAGCUGAUAAGGAGUUAGGAUCAUUUUUAAAAAUAAAUAACCACUUGUUUUCCGACUUCGCUGCACAAGAGGGUAUAAAAUUUAAUUUCAUCCCUGCUUACUCCCCUCAUUUCGGCGGCAUUUGGGAAUCAGGCAUCAAAUCCGCAAAACACCACGUCAAACGCGUUAUAGGCAAUCUUCACCUGACCUUUGAAGAAUUGCAGACAUUAUUUGCGCAAGUGGAGGCAAUAUUAAAUAGCCGACCCUUAUGUCCCAUGACUUCAAAUCCCAAUGACUUCCUUCCCCUCUCUCCUGGACACUUUCUCAUAGGGAGAGCGCUAACUACGUUUCCGUAUCCACAAAUAGAAGAGGUGGACCCCAACAAGCUGAAGCGGUUUCAGAGAUUAGAACAAAUUAGACAGCACUUUUGGCGGCGUUGGCAAAAUGAAUACAUAAAUGAAUUACAGAGAAGACAGAAAUGGUUAAAGGAUACGCCACAACUCAAAGUGGACGACUUAGUCCUGAUCAAGGAAGAAAACUUGCCACCGCUGUGUUGGAGACUAGGAAGAGUCACGAAAUUGUUUCCGGGUCCCGAUGGGGUAAUACGAGUGGCAGAUGUGAGGACUUCAACCAACUGCCUUCGACGAGCUUUGGUACGCUUGUGUCCCCUUCCUGGUCCAGAAGAAGAGAUCUCUAUUGAAAGAGAAGCCUUUCAAAGGGGGGAGCAUGGCGCGGCCUGAAGCGCCAAUACAUUUUUUCAUAGCAACGCGCAUCUCAACGGGUCACGGUUCAUCGUUCUAGGCGUCAAGAAAUGACGUACAUUUUUUAUGGAGAUACCUACGUUACAAAUUAUUUUUUAUUAUAUUCAUUCACCGUCACUUUUAUGCUGUUCACAUCAGAUCCAUGUAUUUUCAAGUUUUUGCAAGUAUACACACGUAAAAUCAA